AUUCCCCAGAAUCUGUAUCGAAGGUAUAAAUUAUUACCAAAAGAAUCGAUGAAAUUGUUUUAUAUUAAAAUAUAAAUAACUUUAAAACUUUCCAAAUGUCUGAAUUUGAUUUCACUAACCAUUCACACCGCAGGUUCAAUCCUUUAACUGAGGAUUUUAUCUUAUGUUCUCCACACAGAGCUAAGAGACCAUGGCAAGGUGCCAAAGAAGAAAUCAAGCGUACAGACUUACCAGAGUAUGAUCCUUCAUGUUACCUUUGUCCGGGGAACAUUCGUGCCACGGGGGAUUCGAACCCCAAAUAUGAAUCAACCUACAUCUUCCCCAAUGAUUAUCCAGCGGUUAAAUUGGAUCAACCAGAAUAUAAAGCGUCAGAUAAGGACAAGUCUGAUAGUCUCAAAUCCAGACUAUUCCAAACAGAAGGUGUUAGAGGUAAAUGUUUUGUCAUAUGUUUCAGUCCAAAGCAUAACUUGACCUUACCAUUAAUGAGUUUACCUGAAAUCACCAAUAUUGUGGAUACUUGGCAAAAAUUAUAUCUAGACUUGAAGGCUGAACAAGAGAAACCUUACAAGUAUUUACAAAUUUUCGAAAAUAAAGGUUUUGCCAUGGGAUGUUCUAAUCCACAUCCACAUGGCCAGGCGUGGUGUUUGGAUGUGACCCCUACCGAAGUGUCUCAUGAGCUUGUAAACAUGACCAAAUAUCAUACCAAGAAUGAAUCUCAUAUGCUUGGAGAUUACGUCAAGCUCGAGCUUCAAGAAAGAGAAAGACUUGUAGUGGAGAACGAUUCCUUUAUAGUGGUUGUUCCAUACUGGGCGCUCUGGCCCUUUGAAACGCUUUUAAUUUCCAAGGAACAUUUGAGAUCUUUAGAAGAUUUCAAUGAAUCUCACAAGAAAGAUCUUGCUGAUAUCUUGAAGAAAUUAACCACCAAGUAUGACAAUUUGUUUAAUACUUUCUUCCCAUAUUCUAUGGGGAUCCAUCAGGCACCAUUGCACGGUACCAAGGAGGAAUGUGACAAUUCUUGGUUCCACAUUCAUUUCUAUCCUCCGUUGUUACGUAGUGCCACAGUGAAGAAGUUCUGUGUAGGGUUUGAAAUGCUUGGAGAAGCUCAAAGAGACUUGACAAGUGAGCAAGCUGCUUCCAGAUUGCAGGACCUUUCAGGAGAUGUUCAUUUUUUGAAUGAGUAGAAGGUAAAUUGUAGUAUUAGAUUAUAUAAAGAAAUAGAAAAUUUGCAGCCAAAA